AUGAAGAAAACCACAGCAGGGCUUAUGAUCAUACUCUCGUGGCAGCAAGCAUGCGGAUCGCACACAAAAUCCACACAAAAUGGCCGAGAAAAGACGUAUAUGCCAUGCGCGCAAGACGGAUCCAAACAAUUCCUAAUCCGUAACUGGCGCAGCACAACCUACAGCAACAGCACCGAGGUCUUCGCCUUCACCCUCUCCGCCGACUUCAGCGGGUACGCGUCGUCCUGCCGCGGCGAGCGCAGUGGCGAAGCCAGUAGCGGAUGGACGUCGUGUGAUGAGCUUACCGACGAAUCAAACACAUACUUCGACUUCUCGUCCAACGACUACCUCACCGUAAACCACACCUUCGUAUGUGAUCGCGGCGCAGACGAGUCCGACCCGCGCAAUCGAUUUGCAAAUGUGAUCGCUACGGGUGAUGGGAGAUUGUUAGUCGGACUCGUGGACACGCCUGAGGGCCAUUUCACAGGCACGGAGGGCGACAACAUGACUAUCGCGGCGUACCCGGAGGUAGCGCAUCGAUUACCAAAGGCAGACUGUGCGGCCGCGUCGAAAGAUGCCGAAUGGGAAGUUAGGAACUUCACAUACAGCGCGCGACUAUCGACAGGAAACCCGUGGAUCCCACCUGCAGCUGUAGCUAGUAUCAACUACGACUUGUAUAACAAGGCGAACGACUUCCUGAUAAAUUGCCAGGCUAUCAACGACUCCAUCGUGACACCGCCGAAUGACCCGGCUCUGAUAGAUCCAAACGUGCGGUGGCCUUGUCCGAUUAGCUAUCGCGACGACUUAUUCCCGCGUGGGGCGUAUCCAUCGACGGUGUUCAAGUUUGAUAGGAGUCAUAACGAACUUACUAUCGAGCAGGAGUGGGAGUGCGACGACGAUGAUGAUGAUGAUGGUGAUGAUGGACGCGAGUAA